AAGCUGUGGAGAUAGCAGAGCCACUGAUUAAAAAUCUUGAGGACGUGGAGAACAUGUCCAAAGAGGGUCCCACUGAGAUCACUUCAGCUGAAAGGGACAAGAUUCAACUGGAAAUCCAACAGCUGGAGAAAACCAUCCAUGAGGAAAAAGCACUGAGGAUGCAGGCAGAGAAUUUCUUAGAAAUAUUGGAUCAGCAACUGAAAACGGAGCAAGAACUUAAAGCCCAAAUUGAGGCAGAUAAACAGGAAGUUGUGGAAAUUGCAGAACAACUAUUUAAAAAGCUUGAGGACAUGGAGAAGACGUCCAAGGAGGCUCUAACUGAGAUCACUUUGGAUGAUCGGGAUAAAUUUGAUCUCGAACUCCAAAAUGUAGAGAAAAUGCUCCAAGAGGAAAAAGCACUAAGGGUCAAGGCUGAGAAUUUCAUAGAAAUAUUGGAUCUGGAACUGAAAACGGAGCAAGAACUUAAAGCCCAAAUUGAGGCAGAUAAACAGGAAGUUGUGGAAAUUGCAGAACAACUAUUUAAAAAGCUUGAGGACAUGGAGAAGACGUCCAAGGAGGCUCUAACUGAGAUCACUUUGGAUGAUCGGGAUAAAUUUGAACUCGAACUCCAAAAUGUAGAGAAAAUGCUCCAAGAGGAGAAAGCACUAAGGGUCCAAGGAGAGACUGAAAAUGCUGCUCUCUUGAAAACUGUAGAGUUUCUUCGGGAGGAAACGGACAAAGAACUCCAGAAAGAAAGGGCUCUGAGAGAAGAGGCAGAAAGAGGUAAGUUGGAAUUGGAGAAGGCAAGUGAUAUACUUUACCAGGGUUUCGAGAAAGCCUGCAAGCUGACAGAGACGCUCUCGGCUGAGACCGUACUUUUUACCAACAAGCUUCAGGCAGACGACCAGAAACAGAGAUCUCUGCUCAAAGACAUCCAGGAACUCACCCUCUUGCUGGAAAAGGAAAAAACCCUAAGGAUCAAGGCAGAGAACUAUGAGAUGGAGGCCAUAGAGAUCAUAGAGGCUUUGCAGAAGGAAGCAAAAUAUAGAUCCCAGAAGAACAAAGAUUUGAAAAAGAAACACCAUCACAUCAAAGCCCAACCUUUUUAAAGUUAUGUGAUUAACAACCUUGUUGUUAGAUUAAUACUUUAAUUCAUGUAAAAAUAACUCAUGUUUUUCUGUUUCACCACACCUGAUUCAAAUGAUUGCAUGACCUCCUCUGCAGCCACCAAAUACUGCAAAAGUCUGUCACUCAGCCAUUCACCUGAGUCCGGAGAAGGAGACACCUAAAGCAUGUAGGGCAUGGGUACUGGAGGACUACGGUUGGGAAUCACUGCGGCGGCGGUCGAUUCCCGGUCUGUCCACCCUUUCCCGUUUGUUUUCCCACUUCACCCACCUUGCCUGCUGGCGAUUGUAAUUCCAGUGUAUGGAGAGAAUAGAUUAUGACGAGAAUUUAUUGAUGCAGCACAUUGAAAUGACGGCCAUCGAGAAAGCCUAGUGCUCCUCUGAUCCAGAGAUCGGAUCUUUGUCCCGCCCCGGCAGCCAAUGAACCAAUCAACAGCUAACUCCAAACCGGCCCGGUCUGGUCGGCCCGAUUGGAACCGCAGCUCUUGUGGUUCCAGGGAGCCGGGUGGUACCGGGCUGGAAGUGCUAAUGCAAAAAUGAUCAGCCCUGCUGACCCGGUCUGACCAGGGCCAGCCCGGGUCUGGCUGUGCAGUGCAAAAGGGGCUACAGACACAUUCACUCCCUUCAGAUACAUGAAGUGGCCUGAAACACAUCAUACAGCAGGGGUCUCAAAC